UCCCCACCCCUCACCUCCCCCCACCACCUCGGCUAUUCCCUCCUUCCUCGGACGCCACCUCCCAGAGUCGCCUUUUUGUUGUUGUUGUUUUGGAGCUGGCUUCUCGCUGGCCGCACAGAGGGGCUACGGACGCUGGAGAAGAAGGCGGGCUAGGGGCGCAGCCCGCCGCCCACCGGCGGGACCCCGCGGGGCAGAUUGGAGGACAGACGGACCGACGGCCAGACGCGCCAUCUGCUCUCCGGAGCUCACUCUCCAAACUCCUGUUGAGUGUGAGCGUGCACGCGAGGGGCGGGGGUCUGCGUCCCGCCCGCCGGGACCGGUUACGGAAGGGGUUACCUUUGGACGGGGGUCCUCGGACUCAGAUCAGGGUCAGCUUCAGGCUCAGAAACUGCUGAGGAAUUAGGUAAACAAAAGGCCACUCAGUUAGUGGCCAGAAGUCGCCUGAGCGCCUCAUCGCGCCCCUCCUUCCCCGAGGUGGGUGCUGGCCACUUAGGCGCGGGGAGAGGGCGCCGGAGUCGGCGCGGGGCUGGCGGCCCGGCGGGGCCGCCGGGGUCGAAGAGUUGGCGGCCUGUUGUGUAAGCCUCAGACCUUGCUUUCCCCGCCUGGCUCGUUGUGAAGCCGGACACAUCCACCCUUGGAUUCGAUUCAGGAGGCUGCUGCUUUUCGUCUGACCCCUCUUGGAUUUUCUGGAUUUUUGAAAACCCAGUGGCCCAAGAAAAGGAGGAGGAAGGAGGAAGGAGCAGAUCUGCGGAGGAAUUUGAGAGCUUCCCAAGGCCUGAGGAGCCAGAAGGCGCUAGAAGCCAGAGCUGCCUGCCUGGGUUUCUGGGACGGUGGUUUCCGAAUGCUUCUCUUCUGGUUUAGAACAUUGUUCUAGUGGAGAGUGUCGAAUUUGUGCCCCUCAGGGCUGAUUUCUCCCAGUCACUUGACUUUUCUUCUGGGAGUGGGAGGAGGAGAGACUAUUCCCCUCAGGGGCUGUGGAAGGGAGGGAGGAAGACCAUGGACAGGAGCCCUCCCCACUCACAGGCUCGUGCAGGGAGACCUGCUGGGGCGGUUUCUGGGCGGUGGACAUUGCUUUGAAGAGAGAAAGGCUGGACAGCAUCUGUGGGUGCUUAGACCCCGCCACAGGGGCUGAGAGAGUGAGGGCUGUGGCGGCCUCAAGUUGCUAGUACAUUCUUGGAUACCCUAGCAAGUGUCCCUGGUUCUGGGCAAGACUCUCUUCUUUCUCUACCACUGGCCCAGCCAUGGCACUGAAAGGCCGAGCCCUCUAUGAUUUCCGCAGCGAGAACAAGGAGGAAAUCAGCAUCCAGCAGGAUGAGGACCUGGUCAUCUUCAGCGAGACCUCGCUGGAUGGCUGGCUGCAGGGCCAGAACAGCCGCGGUGAGACAGGGCUCUUCCCUGCUUCUUAUGUGGAGAUCCUCCGUUCUGGCACCAGCUCCAACCAUACCGACUACUCCAGCAGCCUUGCAGGUUCUCUGGGCACCCAGGUGAGCUUGUAUGACAGCUCCAGUGUGGCCAACCCUUCCAGGAGUGGUGGGGGCAGUGGCUUCCUCUCAAACCAGGGCAGCUUCGAGGAGGACGAUGAUGAUGACUGGGAUGACUGGGAUGAUGGAUGCACAGUGGUGGAGGAGCCACGGGCUGGCGGGCUGGGCACCAACGGGCACCCCCCACUCAACCUCUCCUACCCUGGUGCCUACCCCAGCCAACACAUGGCCUUCCGGCCCAAGCCUCCCCUGGAGCGGCAGGACAGCCUGGCAUCUGCCAAGCGAGGUAGCGUGGUGGGGCGCAACCUCAACCGCUUCUCCUGCUUUGUGCGCUCUGGUGUGGAGGCCUUCAUCCUGGGUGAUGUGCCCAUGAUGGCCAAGAUUGCUGAGACGUACUCCAUUGAAAUGGGCCCUCGAGGUCCCCAGUGGAAGGCCAACCCCCACCCAUUUGCUUGCUCAGUGGAGGACCCCACCAAACAGACCAAAUUCAAGGGCAUCAAAAGCUACAUCUCCUACAAGCUCACACCCACCCACGCUGGCUCACCUGUCUACCGGCGCUACAAACACUUCGACUGGCUCUAUAACCGCCUGCUGCACAAGUUCACUGUCAUCUCGGUGCCCCACCUGCCAGAGAAGCAGGCCACAGGUCGUUUCGAGGAGGACUUCAUUGAGAAGCGGAAGCGGCGGCUCAUCCUCUGGAUGGACCACAUGACCAGUCACCCUGUGCUGUCCCAGUACGAGGGCUUCCAGCAUUUCCUCAGCUGCCUGGAUGCCAAGCAGUGGAAGAUGGGCAAACGCCGGGCGGAGAAGGACGAGAUGGUGGGCGCCAGCUUCCUGCUCACCUUCCAGAUCCCCACAGAGCAUCAGGACCUGCAGGAUGUGGAGGACCGUGUGGACACCUUCAAAGCCUUCAGCAAGAAGAUGGAUGACAGUGUCCUGCAGCUCAGCACUGUGGCAUCAGAGCUGGUGCGCAAGCAUGUGGGGGGCUUCCGCAAGGAAUUCCAGAAGCUGGGCAAUGCUUUCCAGGCCAUCAGUCAUGCCUUCCAGAUGGACCCUCCCUUUAGCUCCGAGGCCCUCAACAGCGCCAUAUCUCACACGGGCCGUACCUAUGAAGCCGUCGGUGAGAUGUUCGCUGAGCAGCCCAAGAACGACCUCUUCCAGAUGCUCGACACGCUGUCUCUCUACCAGGGCCUGCUCUCCAACUUCCCCGACAUCAUCCACCUGCAGAAAGGUGCCUUCGCCAAGGUGAAGGAGAGCCAACGCAUGAGUGACGAGGGCCGCAUGGCGCAGGAAGAGGCAGAUGGCAUUCGCAGGCGCUGCCGCGUGGUGGGCUUCGCCCUGCAGGCUGAGAUGAACCACUUCCACCAGCGCCGUGAGCUCGACUUCAAGCACAUGAUGCAGAACUACCUGCGCCAGCAGAUCCUCUUCUACCAGCGGGUAGGCCAGCAGCUGGAGAAGACACUGCGCAUGUACGACAACCUCUGACCACGUGUGCCUGGCCCUCUCCCUGCCCCCGGGCCUGUCGCUGCAGUGCUCCCUGCCCUCCAGACCUCCCCACACCAGCAGUGGCUGGAGGGUCAGGGGAGGGCCUUGGAGGAGUCGUGGGUGCCCCUGGGGAAGUCCCCCACCCCUUAGAGGUGGGGGCACAGCAAGGAUCAGCAUGGGUCCAGGAGCCCUCCGGGCCAGGGCCUGGGCUGCGGGUCAGUCACUCGAGGCCCGGCCCAGGUCUUGGCCCCACCCAAAGCCUGCAGUUCUCGCUCACCUGGCCGCCACUCCCUCGUUCAUUUAGCAGACAUCAGGCCCACUGUGGCCCUGGGUCAGACGCUGGGCACCCAGGGCUGCGACAUGCCUGCUCUUGGGGAGUCCCCAGUCGAGGUGGGAGUCAGACACAGAAACAGGCAGGAGUGAUACAGAAUGACCGAUGGUGAAUAAGGGGUUCCUGGAAGCUCGCAGAAGGGACUACUGAUUCUGCCGGUCAGGGAUGACUCCACGGAGUAGGUAACGUUCCAGUAGUGUCUUAAAGAAUGACAAGGACCUGCCUGACAGUAAGUGGGGACAGUAGAUGGGGAGGGCAUUCGGAGGAGAGGAAUGGCUUGGGCAAAGCUGAGGAGGCAUCAGAACCCCCUCUCUCCUCUCCCUUACCUUUCCCAAGCAAGUGUGGUGCCCCCUGGGUGGGGGUGUGACAGAGGGGAGGGAUCUGCCUUGCUCCCAUGUCCCUGCUCCUGCACACCCCCCCAUCCCACUCCCUGCAGGAGGGGCUGCAGGCCACCUCCCUCCUGACUCCUCCCCACCAGCUGAGCCCCCUCACCCCUUGGUUAGGGGGCCAUGCAGCACCUUUUCCCUGAACUCAAGAUGCUGAGAUAAGCCUCAGACUCCAGGACCUUGGUGGCACCUUCCUGGACGGGACACCCAAAAGUUACUAGAUAUUUGAGUUCACCACAAUAGCCCCCACACUCCAAACAGGCUUGGGCCUUAGGCUCCCAGGAUCCUCAGGCCCUGGAAAUCCUGGAGACCCCAGGGGAAAGCAACAGGAGCUGGCAUACCCACCGCCCCAUGGACCCUGGGCCUGCCUGCCCACGGCCAGCCUCACUGUGAUGCCAGCCCAGGUCCUGGUGGGACUGUGCUGUCUCCUACCCAUGUUUACAUCCUCUAGGGGCUGCUCCCACCCCACAGGCCAGGGCAAGGUCCAGCAGCGGGUUGGGAGGAACUGACAGGUGCCACUGCUGGUCCCCGCAGGAGGUCAUGGCUGUUCCUGGCUGCUGCUGCUUGAAUCUUCUUUCUUUCUUGUUUUCUUGAUAAACCUUUUACAAGUAAGAUAACAAAAGCAUGACUCCUUAUUUGGAUUCCAGGGGGUUGAGGGUUGGGGAAGGAUAGAACCCUAAUUGUCCCUGGGAGCUACUGGACCAGAUUCUGAGGUCAUGAUGGGCAUAUUUACCCCAGAACCUCAAAACUGAGGGGAAGAUGGUUGCUGGUGGGAGGGGCUUGAGGUAUCCACAGACCCCCGCUGGAUUCAUACUUUCCUGGACUUCACUCUUCUCAUCUCUCAAGUGGGUGGAGUCUUGCCAGGAGUUUGGCUGUGCCGCUCUGUGAUCCAGGACUGAGGCGCGCAUGAGGAAGGGUCAGUAAUGGACAGGAGGUUCCUCUUCCCAAGAGAGAAUGUCCCAGACUUGCCCCCAGGAGAGCCCCAGUCCAGGGGAGGGGGCUCAGAAACUAUGUCCUUCCCCAAGCAGUCCAGGGUACCCAGCCCUGUAGUGGCUGCCCGGUUGGAAACUGAGGACUCCCAAGGCAUGCCCAGUCAGGAUGAACAAGACUGUUUGCACACGGGAAAGACUGUUUGCACACAGGAGUGCUGUGGGACCACAGUUCUCUUCUGGGGCAAUGAGGACUGGG